UUUCUGAUUUCAGCUAAGAAUGCGUUAGAAAAGAACAUAUUAAAUUUCUUGAUAAAGUGGCAAGCGUCAGGCCACCAGCAAGAUUCAUUCCCCAUUCAAUCCUUGUCAGCUGUCACAAUACCGCCAGUAGAAUACUACUAUGAAGGAAAAGGAAUACGAUUGAAUUAUUCUAUCGGCGAAAUGAUUCUGAAUGGCCUCGAUCGUUUUAUAAUUCAAAAUAUUUCUGCUUUAGAAAAUUCCUUGGAAGUAUCUUUAUCGUUAAGAUUUCCAAUAUUAACACUUUUUUCUGAUACAUAUAAACUGAAAGGCAGAGCGUAUUACAUAUACCCACUCAAAGGAUCUGGAAAAAUACAAUUAAUAUUCCGUGAAACUGUUAUAACGGCUAGCGUUAGUUUUGGUACAAAUAAUAAAAAUGGUACAAACAUACAUAAUUUUUUACUAAAUUACAGCCUCCAAAAAGUUGAUGCUUAUUUGGAGAAUAGUUCUUGGCCGAUCAACGAUAUUCUGAAUAAUGAGGGCGUUGAAAUCCUCGCUGGAUAUCAAACGACUAUAGUCGAAGCUCUUUGGAAUCACAUUGUUCCUUUAGUAGACGAAUACCUUAAGGAUAAGUCACCUUCAGAAUUACUACAGUACUAUAGUUGAUUGUCAGAUUCAGUACAAUAUUUAGUGUACGUUUUAUUUAUUAAAGAAGAC